AUGAUGAGGAAAAUCUGUGUUCUAGUCCCUCUGCUGCUCCUCCUGGCUGUGUGUGGGCAGGUGUCAGUCCUGAGGACUGAGAACUUUCUACAUUACCGUUCAAAUUUCUGGUCCUGGAAAGGCGCACAGGCCCACUGCAGACAGAAACAUACUGACCUGGUUACCAUCGGAGGUGAAAAGGAGAAUCAGGACUUUCUUUACAGCCAGGGAUGGAUCGGUUUGUACCGAGAGAAUUCAACCUCUAACUGGAAAUGGUCCAGAAGAGACGAGAUAGCCGUUUUCACCAACUGGGAGAGCGGUUUUCCAAAACCUGAUCAGAACUGUGCUUUUAAGUACAAUAUAACAGACAAAUGGGAGAGCCAUCCCUGUGACCAUAAACACAGUUUCAUGUGUUACAAUGAGAAGCUGGUUCUGGUGAAGAAGAAUAAGACGUGGGAGCAGGCAUUAGAGCACUGCAGGAAUCUGGAGGCAGUGAACUCAAGUGAGCCAGCCACUGCUUUUCGGAACCACCGGUAUGACCUGGCCACCCUGCUCACUUUAGAUGACCACGUCUAUGCACGAGAGAAGGCGAAAGGGGCUACCACUAAUGAGGUGUGGACGGGCCUGCGUUACCUUGCUGGUCAGUGGUUGUGGGUAAGUGGACAAGGAGUAGUGACAUACAAGGACAUCAAAAGUUGCCAGACUCAGAGGUACUGUGGCAUCCUGGUGAAAAAUGGCACCACUCUCUUUGAGACAAGUCACUGCAAGAGGAAGAUAAACUUCCUCUGUUCCAGGAAACCUUAA